UUCAUGUAACUUAUGUAUAGGUUAGAAACUCACAGACGCUUGAUCAAAGCGUGAACAUUGAAAAUAUUUAUUAGUAUAAACGAUUUUGUUAGAAUCAUUAGAAAUGGCUUCUAAUCAAAGUGGCAAUAAAAAGCCUGCACGUCCACAAAAUGUACAAAUCAAAAUUGAACCAGGAACUUCUUUACCAGUAACUCUCAAAAAUAUUAAAACAGAACCAGGCGUUGCACCCACGACUACACGAUUAACAUCUUUUAGGUUACCACGUGAUUUAACUUUAGGUGGAAAUAUAAAGACUGAAAAGACAAAAAAAGUUUAUGUACCAAAUUUGAAUACUCAACGAAACAGAAAGAAAGAGGAAACAGUGGUAACUAAAAAUGAUCCUGACAAAUCACUUAAGCAAAGAGGUAGAGGAAGAGGUCGUGGAUCAUCUGACCGUGGAAGAGGCAGAGGCAAUAGCAAUCUUAUUCAGACUUCUGGUGUAUUUUCCCAAGGUACAAUUGAUCCUCAAAUUGGUAGAAGGGCUAGAGGAGAAGGAGGAGGACGAUACAGCUCUGAUAGAAAACCUUCAAUAGAAAGACCUAAAUUAAACUUAAAUCGUGUAAUUAAUAAGGAAGAAGAAGAGCAAAAACUAAAAGCAUUAUUAAGGGAUGAUUUCAUCGAUGAUGGUAUAGAUGAUACAGGACUCGAUACAUAUAAUGCUCCUAUUUCAUUGCCCAUAAUAAAAAAGGGCGAUUGUUUUAAAACGGAACCUAAGACUGAAACUAGUACAACAUUGGGUGAUGACGAGAUAGAUCAAAAACCAAUCAUUUCAGAAAAUGGCACUGUAAUAAAAGUGAAGAAAGAAAUUAAAAAGGACAAACUUACAAAAAGCGAGCCUAUAGAAACAAAUCUGUGGGACAAUAUUUCACAAGUUAUUGAAAAACCCCAUAACUAUAUGUUAAUGCAGUUUCCUGAUUGCCUACCAGGUUUAGAAGCAAGUAACGAUAGUUAUGUACCAAAAUCGAAGCAUGCAAAUAAUACACCGCUAGAGACAGAAAAUAAAAACAAUUCCAAACAGAAUUUUACUCUGAGCAGCUUGAAAGCUGGUAUGAUUGGAAAAUUACAAAUUUUAAAAUCUGGAAAUGCACGCUUAUGUAUAGGCAAAAGCAGUUUAAUUGUAAAUGUUGGAUCUAAUCAGAGUUUUCGACAGGAUCUUAUAGCUGCAAAGCUAAACACAGUUGAACUGAAUGGUGAACUUAUCAAUCUCGGAACAGUUACUAAUACACUAAUAUGCUCUCCAGAAUGGAAUUCUAUGUUCCUUAAUUCCUCGAGUAUAUUUGACAACUUAUCUUCUGUAUAAGUACAAAAUGAUUAAUAUAACUAAUCAUUCAAGUUAUAUAUAAGAUAUGUACAGUUUUGUUUGUAACUAUUAAAAACGGAACCUACUGUUUUUAGAUACGACUUAAAGCACCAAAAAAUUAAAUGUUUCUUAUGUACAUUUUUAUUAUCCCCCUCAUAUAAAUUGAUACCUAAACGGUAAAAAUUUAAAUUAUAUUGCGUCUAAACAGAUAAGUAUUGUAUAUGUGAAUGUAAGAUAUAAUAAAUAAAUUAACUA